UAAGCCACCCAAUUUUCCAUUUACUUCCUCUGCUGAAAACAUGUGGAAAAUGAAUCAAUACCUGCCCUUAUUCCUUAUUGCAUCUUGUUUGUUCUUCAUUUCACAUUCUCAAACUAUUUCUAAUACUUCCACUCAACAUCUUUGCCUCCCUGACCAAAGCUCUGCUUUGCUGCAACUGAGGAAAGAAUUUGUUGAGAAGAGAAUUUAUUCUGAUGAAUAUUUGGAUCCGUUUGAUUACUAUAAUGGUUCAUAUCCAAAGAUGAAGUCUUGGAAGGCAGAUAGUGAUUAUUGUUCCAGCUGGGAUGGGAUCACAUGCGAUGCACACAACGGCCACGUCAUUGGCUUAGACCUCAGCAAAAGCUGGCUUUGUGGGCCUCUCAAGUCUAACAGCAGCCUCUUCAGGUUGCGUCAUCUUCGAAAACUCAACCUUGCCCUCAACAACUUCUCUUCCUUCUCCACAAUCCCAUCUGAGUUUGGGCAGCUUGUGAGGUUGACCCAUCUUAAUCUCUCUCGUUCCUUCUUACAUGGCCGAAUCCCGUCGGAAAUUUCAUGGCUCUCCAAUUUGGUUUCACUUGAUCUCUCUUUCAAUUAUAAUUAUUACUCUGUUGGUGCUGAUUCCUAUUAUUUGAAGCUCAGAAGAAUUGAUCUUGAAGCACUUGUCCAGAACAUGACAUAUUUGAGAGAACUUCAUCUAGACGAUGUGAACAUCUCAUCGUCACUGCCUCAAUCCCUGGCAAAUUUGUCUUCCUUGACAUCUCUUUCUCUGUCUGACUGCAUUUUGCUUGGCGAAUUUCCCUCAGAUAUUUUCCUACUGCCCAAGAUUCAAGCCAUUGAUGUGUCAGGUAACAACAAUCUCACUGGUUUUCUUCCCAAUUUUCGAUCUGGUAGUUCCCUAAAGCAAUUGCGUCUUUUCUCCACGAAUUUUUCUGGGGAUUUGCCCAAUUCAAUCGGCAACCUUAAAUCCUUGAGUCAUUUGGAUCUUUCUGGGGCAAAUUUUCAUGGGGAAUUACCCAGUUCAAUCGGAAAGCUUGAGUCCUUGAAUACUUUAUAUCUUUCUGGAACAAAUUUUUCUGGGAAACUGCCCGAUUCAAUCGGCAAUCUCAACUCCUUGAAUGAUUUGAAUCUUGGUUCAAGUAAAUUUUCAGGGGAAAUUCCCCCUUCUAUUGGGAACCUAUCACAGCUUACUUUUCUUUCUAUCUUAGAGAGCAAUUUUCAUGGCCAGCUUCCAUCCACGUUAGGAAAUCUUGCAAAACUCACUUAUUUAGAUCUUCGCAAUAGCCGUUUCUAUGGGAAAGUACCAUCUUCACUGGGAAAUCUUACAAAACUAGAAGAAUUUCUUCUUUCAUAUAACAAUUUUGAAGGCAGGUUCCCAGUUUUACUAACAAAUAUUACCAAACUCACUUGGAUAGAUAUAUCAGGAAAUCAAUUGAAAGGGUCAAUCCCAUCGGAAAUAAGUAGACUUACUAAUUUGUCUUCCCUUUACUUGUAUCAAAACUCACUCACAGGGGCUAUCCCCUCAGUUUUGUAUACAAUGCCUUCAUUAUUUGAACUGUUUCUACAUCAAAAUCAGCUUACUGGCCCUCUCCAAUUCCAAAAUAUCUCUUCAUCACAAUUAAAUAUCCUAAGAUUGAGUAGAAACAAAUUGGAUGGACCGGUUCCAAGGUCAAUUUCCAAUUUCACUAAGCUACGAGAGCUAUAUCUUUCUUCGAUCAACCUAAAGGACAAGAUGGAGUUAAACAUAUUCUUCCAGGUUAAAGAACUUCAACUUCUCGAUCUUUCAAGUAACAAUUUGUUGGUUUCAAAAGAAAAUAUCAAUUCAUCCCACCCCAAAUUUUCAUAUUUGUAUUUGUCUUCUUGCAAUUUGCGUGAAUUCCCUGAUUUCCUAAAAGCCCAAAAUAAAUUGCAAGAAUUAGACCUUUCCAACAACAAAAUUGAAGGUAAAAUACCUAAAUGGUUUUGUAAUGUUGGAAAAGGGACGCUACAAUCCCUGAAUCUUUCUUUUAACCUUCUCAGCGGUUUUGAACAACCGCUAAAAGUUCUUCCUUGGAAAUCUAUUUACAUUUUAGAUUUACGUUCCAACAUGUUGCAAGGGUCACUCCCAAUUCCCCCAUUGUCUACAUCAUAUUUUUUUGCCUCAAACAAUAAUCUAACCGGGAAAAUCCCUCAAAUGAUUUGCAACAUGAAUUCCCUCCAAAUCCUUGAUAUAUCUAACAACCAGUUGAAUGGUCACAUUCCACAAUGUGUAGGUCACUUAAGCAACUCUCUUUCAGUAUUGAAUAUGAGGAAAAAUUGCUUUCAAGGAAGCAUGCCUAAUCAUUCAUAAAAGGAUGCAGCUUGACGACAUUGGACUUCAGUCAAAACCAAAUACAGGGGAAGAUUCCACGAUCCUUAGUGCAAUGUCAAAUGCUGGAGGUCCUAAAUCUUGGAAAUAACAACAUGAAUGAUGCAUUCCCCUUUUGGUUACAGUCUUUGCCAGAAUUACGGAUUCUUGUCUUGCAUGCAAAUCGAUUCCAUGGCCCUAUAUGGAAUCCUCAUACCAGGUUUGGCCUUUCCAAGUUGCAUGUCAUCGACCUCUCUCAUAACAAUUUCUCUGGUAGGCUACCUUCAGAAUACUUUAGAACUUGGAAUGCAAUGCAAAUGGUUCUUGCCAAAGAUGAAGCACAACUAGAAUACAUGGGAAGUCAACCAAAUUAUUAUUAAGACUUAAUGACAGUGGUGAAUAAAGGGUUAGAAAUAUUUUUGGUAAAGAUCUUGACCAUCUUCACAGCUAUUGAUCUCUCCAAUAAUAGGUUUGAUGGAGAAAUCCCGGAUACAAUGGGAAUGCUCAAGGAUUUAAUUGUACUCAACUUAUCAAGCAACGGUUUCACUGGUCAUAUCCCAUAAUCCUUGGGAAAUCUAACCGAGCUUGAGUCAUUAGAUCUCUCUCAAAACAAGCUCUCAGGGGAAAUCCCUCAUCAACUUUUAAGUCUCACAUUUCUUGCAUAUUUGAACCUCUCUAAGAACCAACUUAUGGGUUUGAUUCCCCAAGGUGAACAAUUUUGGACAUUUGAUAAUUCCUCUUUUGAGGGGAACUUGGGAUUGUGUGGCCCUCCGUUGUCAAAGAAAUGUGGACAUAGUGAAAUUCCAACUUUUGAACCAAGCAAGGAGUCAUCUUUUGGAGAGUGGUUCAAUUGGAAAGUGGUAGUGAUAGGAUAUGCUUGUGGGUUUGUAAUUGGACUGGUUACCGGGCAUGUCAUCAUAUCGAAGAGGCCAAAUUGGUUUGUGAGAACUUUUAGAGUGAACCUGCGAAGGCAAAGAUAAUUUGAGUAGACUCUUAGAGGGCCUAGAGGCACUUAAUGUGGAUUUAUAUUUUCUGUAUUAGCUGUAUUUCUGCAAUAAGAUAAGUGUUAUUUCCCCCCAGAAAGAUAAGCUUGGCUGAAUGUAAUAAAAUAACUCUUACGGUAGUUUUGUUAUAUUUUUGCAUUUUGUUAUAUUCUCAUAAUAACAAACAUAUGUUUCCAGAA